GCUAGAUCCUCGCCACAUGCCUCCACCAUCGGCGCCAACUAGUUUACAUUUCUCAUCUUAAUGUAAUUAUGGUAUCUCAACUAAUACUACAUCCGAUCAAGAGAAAUUGGCCGCGGGAGUGACCCUCUCUAUAUAAACUGGGGUCUUUCUCAGGGCCAUUUCAAAAGUGGCACUCAACAAAAACUACUUCACAAUGGGAAUUAAAAUAAAAAUCAAGCUAGCGAAAACACACUAUACCAACGAGCCCAUUACGGGCGUGGUGAUUGUCCACAACACCUCCGAUAUCACGGUUGAUCACAUCGAUUUGAAGCUUGAAGGGGUCUCGAACUGCAAAAUAAGGCAGCCGGUGAAAGAGGUAACUUCCGAUGGCCUAAUCGUUACCAAAGCCCGAACGGUGAUGUCGGAACACAAGUUGAUGUACCAAACCCUCGUGGUCUUCCCGCCUCAAAACGUACGUUGUGUUUCAUCCCCCACCACACAAUUCACCUUGACCCCAGGGAAGCAUGUCUACCCGUUCGAGUUUGCCAUCCCCUACGGGACCGAUAGCUACGGGCUGUAUGAUCCUAACCACAUUACCUACUCCUUACCUCCUACCCUAGCCCGAGUGAGUUUCCGUCAGGGCAGCGAUAGGCAAGGAGAAGUAGAGGUCAGCUACUACGUCAAGGCGGUAGUGUACCGAAAGGGGCUACUCAAUACGAACACACGGAAGUUUCUAGCCUUCAAUUUUGCUCCCGUCGACGUAACAAGACCGGUAAAUGUCGGACAGUUAACGUUGAGCAGACUUCACACCUUUGUGGGGAAAGCCCCUUUGAUGGUUCCAGACAAACAUAACGAGGGUGACUACAAGAGGUUGGAGGUGCCCAGAUCCGCCCUCUCGCUUGCGGGAUCCAUGUUUUCCAAGGGGUCGAUUAUUGCACGGAGGGAUAUCAACCAAGAAUACCCGCUUCAUACCAGGAAUAUCGUGAUUAAUAUGCAAUUGCGGUUUAAUGGGUUGCCCGGACUCCUUUCCGAGUACGCAGACAACUACGACAUUUACGUCACUACAAAAAGGGUGCCAAAAUCGUUUCGGUUGGCUAAUGGCGAGUCUUCGGGAUUGGGGUUGUUUUUCUUGUCCAAUAUAGAGAUUAGGUUGACAGGUCUCACGCAAUUGACGGUGGGGACAAAACACGCACAUGAGGGCUUAACCCAUUGGCUCAUCGGGGCGUAUAAUGGGUCUCAUUCGUUCGACCUUGCCGAUGCUACCCCAUCAUCAUACAAUCCAGCCAUCUAUGAAGUCAUGAUUCCCCGUGAGGUUUACAGCUCUCUGUGCGGGCUGGCUAUCAAAAGAAGGUAUCACGGCGUGGUUCCGAGUUUCAGCGUGGACAACAUCACCAGAUCCUACCAGUUAGGUGUGAAAGCAGAGUUCAGGUACACUGCGGAAGAGCGAACCAUCCUAUCACUGAACAAGAACACGGUAGAGUGGGAGCUGAAGGUGCAGGUGUGGAGUGGGAUCGAUGCAGUGGGACCCGCUCAGGUUGUUACCACGCCGCGGACACCUGAGAAUAUCCCGCUCACCGAAGUCCCAUCUGGCAGUCCCAUCGGUAUGGGUAUUGAGGCAUUUCACCAUCGCACGGGUAGCUAUACUGCCGCCGAGCCCGGGCUUACUAUCUGGGAUCCGUCGUACAUCACACCCAAACACAGUCGGGAGGGGUCCGAAGAGCCACCACCUGGUUACGACAUGUCUGCUUUAGAUCAGCGGGUAUACUGAGAGCCGUAUUUGUCCCUGGCUAAUUAUAUAUUGUAUUAUUAAUGCUUUAUUGAUCUAAUUGGAACCCCUUAGAGACAUGGCUAUUAUACCCAGUAGGCCAGCCUGCCUACCUGGAGGUCAGUGUCUGUCGCUAAGCCGCCGGCACAUGGCUUGAGCGGGGUUUAAUUCACGGCUCUUCGCACGUGUUAAAGAUAUAUAAUUAAUAGGUAUAUCUGCCAUUUACUGUGGAGAUUUUACACACCAUUUCAAAUAGCCUCAAAGUGUAUCUAUUCGCCAAGAACACCAAGUAAGCGUUGCUAAAUCCCGCCAGCUCUUAAAGCUCGUCCGCGAGUUCUGCCAAGCUUAUGGUGGAUCAUUGUGGCUCACAGGACCGAUAUCACAGGCAGCCAUAAAAAAGCUCCAUGCCAAUCCC